AAAGAAGUCUCUUUUCGUAAGACGCUAGAGGGAACUCGAAAGACAAAGAGGAAAACAGUCACGAACGCGAAACGGGUGGACGUACUCCCGAGAGUUUCGCGGGAGGGAACCUCCUGUGGACGAAGUCAAAGAGAGGAAGGAGAGAGGAAAGAAACGCGCCGGAAAACGCGCCUUUCUCACGCUCUCUCGAAGCUCUUCUCGGAUGUACAUACACCUCAACUGUCCACUCAGUGCAGAAGGAGGCGCCAAUGGGCGCAGACACCAGUUUUCGAGGAACCGAGUUUCGCCGUCGGCUGCAUCGCCUCUUUGUGAUUUCCCCUUCCAGCAACGCAUUUCCAGUUCCGGCCUCCAUCUGCUUGCCUUUCAUUCGUGGCUUGCUUGCCGGCGAAUUGUCAAACGGAUUCUCUUUUUGCUGGCUCGUUCGAAAGAACUCUUCUUCAGCCGUUCAUCCGCCUUCAGCUCUACGCGGCUCCGUCUCUCGUCGCUCCCUCCUCUCUGACUUUUUUUCUGUCUCUCGUCGCUCCCUCCUCUCUGACUUUUUUUCUCCCUUCCUCUUGCCUCUUCCGCUCUCUUCUUUCGCUCUCUCGUCUCCUUCGCGUUCUCUUUCGCUUUAUCGCGCCGUGGGAAGCUCCCAGGAACUGAGGAAUGACUGAGAAGGCAACCCUGCGCACUGGUCCACAGACAUGCAGUAGAAAGCAAUUCACAGGGACCGUCCGUCCUCUCCGUCUCUCCAGCUGUCGCUCCGCUCUUCAUGGUUCGAUGUCGUCUUCGGAUUCACUCGACAUUUGACUCCUUCGUCCCCUCUCCCCUAUGACGACACAGACGCCCGGCAUCCUCUUCCGGACAGGGUGCGCCGCCCCUCUUGGGAGAGAGAAGGAGAGAGAACAUAGCUCUCUCUUUCUCUCUCCUCUUUUUACCGACCAUGGCGCUUAACAACGGUAGUCUCUCUUCUUCUCUCGCUUCUCCUCCUCCUUUCGCUUCUUCUGCUCUCUCCCCUUCGUCUCUCUCGUGCUCUUCUCCCUCUUCUUCUUCUUCUUCUUCCUCUUCUUCUUCUUCCUCUUCUUCUUCGUCUUCUAGGAGAGCUGAGAACGGACUGUCUAGCAUGCUUAGUCGAACGCCACCUUCGCCUUCACAGGAGCGUCAAGGCUCGCCAGACGCAUCGCUCUGUGCCUCUGUCUGUUCGUCUUUCUUCUCUUUCGCUUCCUCGCCGCCCCCUUCCGCGUCGUCCUCUCUCUCUUCUCUGCCUCCUGCGCUCUCUUCGUCUGGAGGCGACUUGCGCCGAGCAGCUGCAUGUUGGGUGUACAGCGUGUCUCUGUUGGAGCAGCAGCCUGCGUUGCCGGGGGGCGCCUUUCGGACGCGGAGACAGCAGAAGGCCUUCUGCCUUUUUCUGCGUCUGCAGCCGCUGGUGAAGCUGGCUCUUUGUCUCUAUCUUCUUCUCGCCUUUUUCGAGGACUCCGACUCUUCCAGUGCUCUCAGAAAGAACGCGCGAACUUCUUCGGCGCUCUCCGCAACUCGGCACACCAUCUCACCCUCUUCCCCUGCAUCGCAGUCUCGACUUGACGCAUCGCCAUCUUCUUUGUCUUUCUCCUCGCACGCUUCUUCUUCUUCCUCUUCUUCUUCCUCUUCGUCUUCCUCUUCGUCUCCUUCUUUCGCGCCUCCGUCGUCUUCGUCGUCUCUCUCUUCUUCCUCCGCUGCUUGCUCUUCUUCUGUCUCUCCGUUGUGCUCUUCCGCUUGGGAUUCGCCAGUGGCUUCUGCUGAAGCCCCUCGAGCGUCUGUCGCUGCGCAUCUCUCUGCGUCUGCGUUCGCUGCCUCCGUUUCGCGUCACGAGAGCGACGAGGAGACGCGUCCCCGCAGAGGCGAGCGAGAGGCAGCGCGAGACGCAGCGCGAGAGGCAGCGCGAAGGAGUUCGAGAGCAGAUGAGGCGACGAGUCCUCGCUCUGCGUUUAUCGACCUCUGUGGCUCCUUCGCGGAAGGAGGCAGUCGAAGACAAGACGCCCGAGUCUCGCACAAGAGAGAGGCGAGAGAGACCUGCAGACACGCAGGAGACGCAGAGAGGCUCUCACGAACCUCACAGGCUCUUCCCGGCGGUGUUUCUCCGCGAUGCGCCUCGCCCUCUUGUCGGUCUUUGUCGUCUCGCAGAAAGGAAGCCUUCCUCGCGCUGGCCUCGAACGCGGAUCUCUGUUCCACCGGCAGAGGCGAAGACAAGGAGAGGAGACGUGAGAAAGAGAGGGAAGACCCUCAAGAAAAGGCGACGGGAGACGCCUCCAAAGUCGAGAUAGAGGGAACGCUUCCUUCGGCUGCGUCCGUCUCGCUUGACCGCCCGUCUCGGGACCUGAGCGCAGGUGACUGGGAGCCUCGGCGGCCGCUUCUGCCCGCCUUCCUCUUUCGUGCAGACGCCUCUUGUCUGCAUUCUCCGUCUCCAGAGUCUCUCCUUCCGGAGCUCGACCCAUGGUCGCAAAGAACGAUUCUCCUCGCUCUCUCCUUCCUCUGUCUCGGCGUCCUCCUCCUCGCCGCUCUCCUCGAGUGUAUCUACAGAGGAGAGAUGUCGGAGGACGAGCCGCGCGGAGCUCCCCUCGGGGAAGACGAUGGCGCCUCCAAAGCAAGUGGAGAAAAAGAAGACAGAGGAGAGGGCGGAGAAGAAGGAGACAGAGGAGAAGAGAGACUCUUGAGCAAGACGUUUUUGAAGCGGACUUCCUCGGAGUCUGUUUCUCUGGACGAGACGUCUGGGCGCGGCCUUCUCCCACUGUUCUCUUCGCAGCCGUUUUCUCGUCUCCUCAUUCUCGCCGCUUGCCUGGUCUCUCUGGUGGACCUUUUCGGCGUCGCUCUCGUCUUCUUCUUGCCCAGCCUGUCAUGCACAGAUUCGCCGAGAGAACCGUCGGGAGCUGUAUGCGCAAGAGAGGGACUGAGGGCCUUCCUCGCCUGGUACAAACCCGGUGUGGCUGCGAGACUCGCGCGGCCUCUCCUCCUGGCUCUUUUCUACUAUCCCGUGAUUGGGAUGCUUCUCCGCAUCGUCCGAACGCUGCCAAAGGUUCGGACCAUCAUUCUGGCGGCUCUUUUGAGUGUGUUGCUCUUCGAUUGGUUGGGCGUCAUUCUCUUUGCGGGGACGAGUGGCCACGAUGAAUUCAACUCUUUUCAGAGCGGCUGUAUUUCGCUGCUUCUCGUCGUCACAACUGUCAGGCUUCCGCAGGUGCUGCUUCGCGGAUACACCGUGCACGAAGUCGCUGUCCUCUUCAUCGUUGUCUUCUACCUCCUCACUGCUGUUCUUCUCGGCCUUUUUGCCGCCGCCUUCUAUUCUGCCUACCGCGACGGAGACAUCGCUGAUAGCCGCAAGCAGCUCGCGCUUUCUUCACGCUACCUCAAUCGAGCUUUCAACCUUCUUCUGGCAUCUCAAGAACAGUGCGUCGGUGCUCCUUCUCCCUCGUCAGCCGCGUCUGCGAAGAAGUUUCUCCUUGCUUCCGAGGCGUCCUUCGCCUUAGGCAGAGACCGUCCAGAAACGGAAACAAGGGAGCAGCUUUCUUUUCAGACAUGGAGAGCGUUCUACGCCCACUACGCAGCGCUCUCGGGUCGGCCGCACUCAGGACCUGCAGGCGAUCGUGGGGAAACCUUGGAGCUCGGAGGAGAUUCAAAGACACAGAACGAAUCCAGAUGGUCUGCCGCUUCUCCGGCUCUGCAUGCGCCGCUGCCGCCGGCGCUCGUUUCCUCACUCGUCUCUGCUCAACUCGCCUCACCCUUUCUCAGGCUCCUCUCUUCGCCCUCCUCAGACUCAGGGAUCGGCGAGGCCGAGACCGAUGGAGAAACAGGAGACAAAGUGAGAAGAAAGACGCGAGAAGCUGCGGAAGACGGUUCGUUCCAGGACUCGCCUGAUGACGCGCAAGCGGCAGUGGAGGAGAAGCCGAAUGAACCGUCUGCGGCCUUCUUGCCCUCACAGCGCUUGCCGUCUGAGCAGAGCCUGACGAGAGACACGGAGGUGUAUGGAACUGGUCAAACUCUGUCGACUAUCUCUUGUCUUCCUCGCGCCUCGCCUCUCUCGGCUUCUCCCUCCACUUCAUCCCAGGGCGCUCUGGCGACGACAGGCACGAUCCCCACUCUACAGAUGUCUGGCGAGACCGUCAGCAGCCGCGAAGAGAAACCAAGUCGAGAAGAAGAAGGCGAAGAAGGAGAUGAAGUAGCGGCUCUGUUGUCGGGUCGAGAGAGAGGAGAUAACAAGGUGGAUGGAGGUGAUGAGCAGAUGGUGGAGGGGGGAAACUGGAAGGCUCCCAAGUGGCGAGGUGUUCUGGCUUUUUUCUUCGGAAAACGAAAGGAUGCAGCAGCAAGUUCGAACUUCACAGGAAAGGCCGUCUGCCUGUCUGGUCAGCGGGGACUUGCUUCGUCGCGCCUUGGCGCAAAUAACGUCCUUGCAGGCGGGGGGGAGGAGACCGAACUGUUUUCGCUUCUCCAACGAGGCGCAGGUGACAACGCCUCCGGUCUCGCAAGAAGUCAGUUUGCGCAACUCGUCUCCACUCUUGCGGCAUACGAUGCAGCAAAACAGAAAGAAGAACAGCGGCUGUGGCGCUCAGACUCCUGCCGCUUCGCGCUGCACCGACGCCUGCUGAAUGUAGCUGCUGACGUUUGCGUCGUCGCCUCACUCAUUCUGACCUACAUGCAGACGCGCAAGUUUAUUCGGAAGGCUUCGACGCUGAGUGGGGAAGAGAUCGAGUCUUCGCCGGUUGACCUCGCAGAGGGUCUGCCAGCUUCAUGUUUUGGCUCGGUCGCAGGCGCGUACUGGAUCCAAAAUGCGUUGAGUUUCGUUUACUUAGUGUCCGUCGUCGUUCGAAUUCGCGUCACCUCCUCAAUUCAGAGAUACACCGGUUUCAGUCUCCGCGAGCGAUUCGACAUCGUUGUCGGAGGCAGCGUGAUGAUUCUCGAGCUGGCCUGUCUCUGGGCAGGCAGUGCGUCGGCGUUCCACCCCUCGUGCACCACGGAGACCUUCGACGACCUUUCACGCUCUCUCGCCUUCAUUCGCGUCCUAAGAGGGAUUCGCAUCUGCUUCAGAAUCUCUCCGCUCCGAAAGAUGAUUGUCUCUCUAGUGGCUGCCGUAGCGGCCUUGAAAACGGUGCUUCUAGUGCUGGUCGUCAUUUUCUGCGCGUACGGCACAGUCGGCAUGGAACUGUUUGGGGGAAUCAUCAAGUGCGAUAUGGAGCAUUUGCCUCCGAAAGGUCCCGACAUGGAGGACCCGACAGACUGGGGCGUCCUGAAUUUCAAUGACUUCUUCGCCUCACUCGUCACGCUAUUUCUUCUCACUGUCAACGGCUGGGACGAUUCACUGAAGGCCCUUGUGAAACAUACGUCUGUCUUCAGUUGUGGCGCGUACUUUGUAUCCUUCUACAUUCUAACGGAUACGAUCAUCCUCAAUUUGUUAGUCGCUCUGGUACUAGAAGCAUAUGACCAGGUGGCUUCGUCAAGCAGCAGUUCUUGGCGUCCUGUGCUCUAGCUUAUGGAAAGACGGGGAGACUGGGGACGACUGUAUACUGUCAAGAAAGGAAAGCAGGUGCCGUCCGGCAGGGUCACUGUUGUGCAAUGACGCGAAAGACCUGAAUGGCGUCGUGUCGUUCUUCAGAUCGAUUGUAUCUGUGUCGGGGCUCAAAACGACCCAGGAGAGGAUGCCAGUCACCGCGUCUUGUGCAAAGAACGGGGGAACGUUUUUUCUGUAUUAACGCCAUUCAUAACCCAUCCUUAAGGUACCGUUUUGUUGCGGC